UAAAGGUAAUGCCAUGUGUGUGUAUGAACUAUUUUAACAGGUUUCUAAUACCAGAAAUUGUGGGGAACAUCUUUGAAGAGAACUUCUGUCACAAUGGCAUCAUCCUGUCUACAGAUCUGUGCAUUGCUGCUGGCUUUAGCAGGAUUCACUACAUUACUUGUUACCACCAUGUCCAGCAGCUGGAAAGUUUUGGACUCCACAACAGAGCUGGUCUCUGCAGACUGGGUUUCUGAAGGUCUUUGGAUGGACUGUGCAGCAACUGCUGUUGGAUCAGUUCAGUGCAAGAAAUUUCUCUACAUGCUGAGUUCAGACCCUCACGUUCAGGCAUGCCGUGCCCUGAUGAUUACUUCCAUCCUUUUGGGAUUCUUAGCUGCAGUACUCACACUGCUUGGCAUGAAGUGCACAAACAUUGGGUUGAGUGAUGAAGAUGGAAAAAUGAAGUUUACUGUCACAGGAGGAUUUCUUUUUGUUUUAGGAGGUCUCUGCUCCAUGGUGGCUAUUUCUUGGUAUGCUGCAAUGGUUACUGCUCAGUUUUUUGACCAACUGUAUGCUGGAACCAAGUAUGAACUAGGAGAAGGUCUGUACUUAGGCUGGACUGGAUCUGUCCUUUAUAUACUUGGUGGGAUCCUACUGACCUGUUCCUGCAGAGGGAAGGAAAAACAGAAUUACAGUCCCAAGAACUAUGCAUACUCAGCAGCCCAGGGACCUUCUCAGCCACACAUGUACCCCAGGAACUCUGAGACUAUCAUAAGCAACAAGGAAUAUGUCUGAGCUCCCACCCUGCAUCACCUGUAGUGUCAGUGGCUUAUGAACUCCAGUAAGGAAGUGAAUGAGCUACUUCUUUAUUCUGGUUCCAAGCUGCAAUCCUAUGCCUUAGUUUGGAGCAGUACCAGGAGGAGGUAUGGCUUUCAAUGUAAAUAGCAAUGGUUUUCAGAUGUAAAUAGCUUUCUACAGAAGAUGCUGUGAUGUGAAAUCCUGUGCCAUGAAGGUUUCUGCAUGCUGAGAAGCCUGGUAAAAUUUAACUGGAGGGCAGUAUAUGCUGACACUCAAGAGCAAUGGUUCCUAUUUCAGCUGACUCAAACAUGUGGAACUGAUAGCUGUAUCUGACUGCAAGUUCAUAUGCCUCACAGUUAGAAAUGUGUUUUGUUUUCAUUAAUGUUUAGCUUCCUUCUUUUGUUUAGCAGCCUAAGCUUUUGACAAGAAAUAAACUUUGUUCCACAGACAAA